GCCCCCUGCUGGUGGAGCUCUAUCUACAGGAAGACGGAAGCAAACGCCGAGCGCCUGCAAACUCAUCGCUUGAAUCACCGAGGAGGGCACAAGGACAUGAACCAAGAGCUCGGGACUAUGACUUCUGUGGAUAGUUCAUAAACCGCCAGCCUAUUACCUUCGUACGUCCACCCAGCGUUACUGUAAACCUUACAUUAACGUUUGACGCCGUUGCAUCCACACAGACAGGAACAGAAUGGCAUCGAUUUUGCUCACCAGAUCUCGGACUCCGUUGUUGAAAACAUCCAGGUCAUUAAAGAACGAAUUCAGAAAAGGAAAGUUGUCAGAAGGCGCAUGCUUUAACUGCACGGCACUGCGGUUAGCCACAAACAGUCCUGGUGUUCUUGGAGGAAUCGUCUGGCCUCAUGCAUCAUCUGUCCAAUACCUGGACAACUCCUCUGUGCUUCAGCGACGCUUGUCUAGAUCUCCUCGUCUUUAUUGUGCCAUCUUAGUACCUGACCCUGCCCUGCCAGUCCACUCCCGCUCCACAUACCACAGAACAUUAGCUUGGCCACAGAACGCCCCAGUCCGGUGGGUUCAUACCACAGGCCGCCUGCUCGAUGAUUCAAAGGUGGAGCGCUCUUUACGUACCCUGAAGGAUCGAAAUAAAAAGCUGGAGGAGGGCGGACCAGUGUACAGCCCGACGGUGGACGCUGAACCUGUGCGACGGACAAUACGGCAGCGUGUUAUCGAUGAGGUGAAACAUUACUAUCACGGCUUCCGUCUGUUGUGGAUCGACACGACCAUCGCUGUGCGGAUGCUGUGGAGGGUGUUGAAUGGACACAUUCUGUCGCGCCGAGAGAGAAGACAGUUUCUGAGGACGUGUGCAGAUGUCUUUCGCCUCCUGCCCUUCCUGGUUUUUAUCAUCGUUCCGUUCAUGGAGUUUCUGCUUCCUGUCGCACUGAAGCUCUUCCCCAACAUGCUGCCGUCCACCUUCGAGACACAGUCCAAAAAGGAGGAGAGGCUGAAGAAAGAGCUGAGAGUGAAGUUGGAGAUGGCCAAGUUCUUGCAGGACACAAUCGAGGAAAUUGCACUAAGAAACAAAGCAUCCAAAGGCAACGUGACCGAAGAGUUUUCCACUUUCUUUCAGAAGAUCCGGGACUCUGGAGAGAUACCCAGCAAUGAGCAGAUCAUCCGUUUCUCCAAGCUGUUUGAGGACGAACUGACUUUGGAUAACCUGACGCGGCCGCAGCUGGUGGCUCUGUGCAAACUGCUGGAGCUGCAGUCCAUCGGUACCAACAAUUUCUUGCGCUUCCAGCUCAUCAUGAAGCUUCGAGCCAUCCGUGCAGAUGACAAGCUGAUAGCCGAGGAGGGAGUGGAUAGUCUGACUGCGAAUGAGCUGCAGGCGGCUUGUCGAGUGAGAGGAAUGAGAGCUCUGGGGGUGACGGAGGAGAGACUGAGAGAGCAGCUUAAACAGUGGUUGGAGCUUCACCUCAAUCAGCACAUUCCCACAUCUCUGUUGCUGCUGUCCCGAGCCAUGUUUCUGCCGGACACACUGUCUCCCGCAGACCAGCUCAAAACCACACUACAGAACCUGCCAGAGAUCAUGGCUAAAGAGGCACAGGUGAAAGUAGCAGAGCUAGACUUCUCUAAAGUGGAUAACAAGACCAAGCUGGAGACCACGCUGCAGGAAGAGGCGGCCAUCAGACAGGAGAACAGAGAGCGAGAGCUGGAGAGACUGGCUGAUGCUGCAGAGAAAGCAAAGGAGCAGACACAGUCACAGGAGGCUGAGGUGCUGGAGGUGGAAGGAGAACGACGGGUGGAUGCAGAACACGCUCUGUCCAGUGUAGAUGUGGCCAUCCAUUCAGAAACACUACGAGACACUGCACCAGUGCUGGAGGGAAUUAAGUUCGAGCAGUGGCAGAGGUAUCUGCGCAUUCAGGGCGAGGAGAUCACUAAGGAGGAGAUUGACAUGCUGAGCGACGCUUGCACCAAACUGAAGGAGCAGAAGAAUCUCCUCACCAAAGAGAAAGAGGAGCUAGAGGACCUGAAGGAUGAUGUGCAGGAGUACAGUGAGGACCUGGAGGAGAUAAAGCGAGAGCUGUCCAAGACUGGACAGGAGAAGGCCGUGGAGGAGUCUAAAGCAAGUCAGCGACUGUCGAAGCGGGUAAACCGCAUGAUCGGCAGAAUGGAUAAGAUCAUCACUGAGCUGGAGAAGGACAAGAUGGUGCUAGACGGACAGAUGGACAGCGAAACCACACCACCAAUUGGAUUGUUCUUUGAGAAACGUAGUGACUUGCCAAGUGUCUUUCUGUCUUACAGGGAGAAUCUGAUAAGCAUCAACGAGCUCAUUACAGUCAUGAAGCAGAUCCAGAACAUUCCUGAACACAAGCUGCUCAGCAUCGCAGAUGCACUCGACGAAAACAAAGAUGGCAAGAUAGACAUCGAUGAUGUCAUCAAGGUGGUAGAGCUGAUUGAUAAGGAGGACAUUGAUAUCUCCACCAACCAAGUUGCAGAGAUCAUGGUGAUGCUACAAAAGGAGGAAAAGCUGAUGGAGAAAGAGAAAGCCAAGGAGAAGGUCGAGAAGGAACAGGCAGCUAAAAUCCAAAACUAGACUUACAAUGUAGGAAAUUGAAAGGAUUCUAAAGCCAAUGAAGCUUUUUUGGUCCAUUAAUAUGUUCAGUUAGACUGAAACAAGUGCUGAGCUCUCAUCCAUAUUAACUCAUAUAAAAAUUUGCUUUGCUUUCUUCAAAUAAGACUGAAAGUGUAAAGAAUGAAUUGAGAAGUUUAUUUAUUAGAAGAAACAAAAAAGUAAAUUAGGAUGGAGCCUUGCACAUGAUGUAAAAAAAAAAAAAAAAAGAAAUGAAGACUGGUUUUUGUUUCUAUGAGUUCCACUUGUUCUUUCAUUUUAGGUAAAUUGUGGACACUUUGUACUAAUUCAUAACCAAAACCAAUGAAUUAAUUGCUUGUUUUAAUUUAAUUGAGGUCAUUAUAUGGCUAAAUUAAAACUAACUAGUACAACGAAGCCAUGAUUUAACCAAAAUGAGGGAACAAAUCAAGUCAUAUGCACAAAUUCCUCUUUUAUGGCGUUCCCUCAUUAAAUUUUGCAGAGUUUUAUAAAAUCAGAGAGCAAUUUUGAAAGAAAAUGUGUUCAAAACCUCUUGAAACUGAAGUGUGUCAUUGUUGCGCGCCACUACUUGUACAAAACUUACUGCAAACUUUCUAGCAAUAGCCUGAGUUUAGGGCUUAAAUAUUUUUGUGGCACAGAAAUGAUACACUUUAGCUGUAAGAUGCAAAAAUAUACAAAACAAGAAAAUAUUAUUCCCAUAAAAAUAUACCCUGACAGUGAUGUCAUUUCCUGUGGUCUGAGGUCAUUUCCUCUGUUUGCACAUCACAUCCUGUCAUUAUCAUUCCACUACUCAUACAGUUUUAUUUACUCGUAUUUUAUUUCCAGUUCACAACUUUCACGAGAUUCUUGAAUGUUGCUCAGAUGACUCUGAUAUCACCCUCAUGUUUAUUCAGUAACCAAAGAAGGUUUGUAACGCCUCAUUUAUACUUGUACAUACACAUUCAGGCCUCCAAGAACUGCAGCUUUAUGUCACACAGCAAGGGACUUAUCCCUUCAACACUUGAGCUUUAUUCAGGGCAGUUGUUUUUGUACUCACUUCACAACGGUAGCUGAGUAUUUUAUUAUUAUUAUUUUUUUAAUUCGCAUUUAUUUUGGAAUGAUUUGUGCAUCACAUUUACAUUGUGGCCUUAGCAAUCAAAAAUCCCUUGUCCAGAAAUAAGCUCAUGGGAAUGUUGAAUAGUUGUCGUACACUAGCAGUAAAUAUCUUUAGAGUGGCCAUCUCUGUUAGCUAGAUAAAGUGUGUUUGUCGAUGUUUAUACGUGUGGAAGAGCUGCUGGCUACCUGAAAGGGGUAAAAAUGGAGGCCAGCGCAGACAGAAUCAGGGUACGGCUUUGCUAUAUAGUCAGUAUGUGACCUGAAGGAUCACUCACUCCUUACAUGGAGAGAGCGACAGCAGAGCACCUUCACUAACUGGAAUGUGUGCAUCUGCAUGAGACGCAAACGCACACUCACUGGUAGCAUAGUUUCACAGGGCACGUAUGGCAGGGAAUGCAUCAUCUUAACCCUAAACAUGUCAUGGUGAAGGAGCAGCAUGUAUAAACUCAAAAUACAGUGCUGUGUCUCUGACAGGGAGUACAGUAGGUGCCUAUUUCACAUCGUGUCCCUUAAAGAGACAACUCAACCAAAAAUGACAAUUCAGCACCCCUCAUAUUGUUCCGAACAUCUUUGACAUUUGAAAAAAAUAGUUCAAACGAAGAAUAAUACAAAAUAUCCCAGAAUUUACUCAACUGAAAGCCAUUCUAGGUGCAUACAUCUUUGAGAUUAACAUAGUCUGAAUUAUAUUAAGGGAAUAGUUAACCCUUCACCCUCCCCCCUGCAUAUAUACAAUACAUAAACACGAAAACAAAAAAACAAAUGAAUCAAUAAAAGCAUUUUCACACAGUCAAGUUGUUCCAAAUAUUUAUUAGUUUUUUGUUGAACAUGAAGAUAUUUUGAAGAAUAUUGUAAACUAGUUGCCAGUGGCUUCCAUUGUUAAAAAAACAGUCUGAACAUUCUUUAAAUUAUCUUCUUUUGUUUUUGACAGAAGAAAUUUAUUCAGAUUUGGAACAAGUGCAGGGUGAGUAAAUUAUCUGUGAGUUUUCAUUUUUGGGUGAACAAUCCCUUUAAAUAACAUCCUGGGUUCAUCAGGCUUAACAAUGAAGUGAAUGGUGCCCAAGUUUUUUAAACACCAAAAAAGUGCACAGAUCUAUCAUAAAUAUGGAUGUUUUCUUAGAAAAGUCCAUUGCUUUGUUUCCGAAGGCAUUUUAUUAACAUUCAUUAUUCCCACCGGAGUCAUAUGGAUUACUUUAAUGAUGGAUAGAUUGGCUUUUUGGACCUUUAAAACUCGGGCACCAUUCACUGCUAAUACAAAGCUGGGUAAAACUUUGACAGAUUAAUUUUUUUAAUCUGUCAGAAUGAAGGAAAGUGUAUACACUUAGGAAGACUUUAGGGUGUUAUUUGUAUCUCUUAGUUAACUACAUACUUAAAUUUGUUAAAAGCAAAAUUAGAUGUUUAGCGGAAUGUUCAUGCUCCGUUUUCCAUAAAAGAGAAUGUUAGUAUCAAAAUGAGGGAGCCCAAUUUAUUUAUUUUUUAUAUUUUUGAAUGAGCUAUCCUCAAACUUAUAGGGACCCUUAACUAAAAUAACAGUGGUUAGGCUGUAAGCUAUAUUCAAGAAUGUGUAUUAGCACAUCAUAUCAUAAAAAAGUCCAUGUUUGUGUAUUUAUAGAGCAAGUGUUUUAUGCUGAUGAGAAAUUGCACUAAUUUUUCAGAGCUUUAAUUUUCCCAUUUGGCGUGUCGAUGUAGACUCAGGAAGAUGCAUGUAAUGUCUUUGCACAUCAAGAGAAAUUUGUUUGGAAACGCACACUUGAAUAUUUAAAGUGGCAGGUGGGACAAAGUGUGAAUAUUAUACAAAGGUAUUAAGAUACCUUGGUAGUGUUUUGUUUUUUCAAUUUUAAAUUGAGCUCUUUAAUUAAUUUAUAUAAGACGGCGCUUGUGCACAUACAAGUGACAACAAAUGAAAGGGAUUCAAAAGAGUGAGACAUGAUGUAAUUUGCUUAAGCUAAUUUAAAUGGAUUACAUUAUUUAUUUUCCCCUUCAAUGCAUACACAUUGUGUCUUUUAUAGUAUUUACUUGACCGUCCUGUAUUUAAGUUCAGAACCUAAAUACUGUUACACUAGUUAACUGAAGAAUUCAAAUGAGAGUGAUAUGUGCACAAAUGUUAUUGAAAAGAACUAUGAAAAGAAUUUUUAUUCUGCUGUUCCAACAACUUAUGUAAUUCUACUAUUUACAAACGAUUGGUUUCAAGUCUAAUAAAAUCAAACUGGUCUCGAA